GAUGGAUUGAUUGAUUCAAUCUACUCUAUAUAUCUAUAUCCAUCAUCUUGGCCGUGGUCGAUCAAUAUACUACAGGGCAUGGAUCCUCACAUAUACACAAGUCAGUCACGUGUCGACACACGACCCAUCCGCCAGAGGCGGCCGAGAUGCUGCUCUUGAGGGUGGACCAGUGAGAGGCAACAGACGGCACCUGAGGCUAUCGACACAGACAGAGAGGAAUGAGUCAUGGCUGCGGUGGUGAUGGGAUAACCUCUCUGACCUUGGGCGCGACAUUGGCGAGGAACAAGCCCUUAAUGGUGGUCACAUCACACCCCACCUGACCCCAGCCCAAGGCCCAGCUGUGUGUCGUCAUGGUCGUAUCUCUCACUUGUGUCAGCAUUGUCAGCAGCGUCAGCAGCGUCCCUUCACCUCUUCAAAACUAGCUAAGCUACCCCGCGACAUCGCCCUCCCCCAUGGCUCUGGGCGACAUCGCCCUCCCCCAUGGCUCACCUGUCGUAGCUCGAUCAGUGUGGUACGUAGUGUGGUAUGAUGUGGGCGAGUUGGUGUUCGGUCAACAGGGCGCGGACCAAUGAAACGGCGACGGGAUAGCGGUCGGCCAGCCGCGUGUGGCCCUCGAUCGCCGCCUCGGUCGUAUAGAGGUUGAUGAAGCCAUCGGCCAGGUACAGAUAGGUAGCGGUGGUGUCGUCCUCCGUGCCCUUGAGGACGAUGAAUCGGGAGUGGUCAUCAUCCCCCUCCCACUCGCAGAUGCAGUCGUCGGUCUUGUGGCCGUCUAUGGGGUCCGUCAGCAGCGACCGAUACCGCUCAUCGCCACGGCCCACUAUCGCCCGAAAUACCCCCUUCUCGUCCACCCCCUCUUGGUCAGUCCAGUGCCACAACACCAUCCGUCGGAUGAAGGCCGUGAAUGAGGGGAGGAGCCAGUCACCGUGGCGGAUGGGCGGGUUGAGAGAGUCGUAUGUGCGGCGGUAGGGAUGGCGGGGAGGGAGGCCGGACAGCGGCAGCGUCUCGAAGUGCCACUCGUGCUCGCCGCGUCCGAUGCGAUACCGCUGCGUCUCUGCCUCUCCCUCCUCUCGCUCCUCUCCAUCCCCCCUCUCGGCCUCCUUCUUGCCCUCACCGUCAUCGUCGUCGGCCUCAUCCACCUUUGUGAGCGCCAGACUGGUGCCCCUGUAGUUGAGGAGGUGGCGGAAUGUGCUGUACUGGCGAAGGGCGAGGGGCAUUGUGUGGAAGUCGGCCUUGGUGGGCAGGUGGGCCGCCAUCCACUGGGACGCCAUGAUCAGCGGCAGGCCAGUCGAGGGCGUUAGCUUGUAGAUGUCAGCCAGCCGGAUGAAGUCGGCCCACUCACACCACACCGCCCCACCCUGCUCCAGUGCAUGGGCGCACUUGGUGUAGUACUGAAGUGUCGGGCGCUGCACGUCAAUGAGGCCGGUCAGCGAGUGGCGGCUGAGGUGCGUGUCGACGCGGCGCAGCACGAAGUCCUCAUUGAUGAGCUCGGUCCCGUAGAACGUGUUUGCCGCCCUUGCCGGGCUGAUUGCGUCACUGAUGGGGAGGAACCCGACAAUGUGGUCGCGAUAGAGAUCUGUCGGCAGGCGGUUCUCCGUGCGACGAGCCGCGUUGUCGGCAUCAGCAGCACCUCCAGUGUAUGUGGUGUGAGUGGGGGCGGCAUGGGCAUCUGGCGGCGAUGGAUGGGGGGCUGAGGGAGGGGUGGAGGGUGGGCGAGUGGCCGCCAUGCCUUGUGUGAUGGCGGUGAGGGCGCAAGAGGCGGCCGAGAUGCUGCUCUUGAGGGUGGACCAGUGAGAGAAGCAGACGGCACCUGAGGCCAUCGACACAGACAGAGAGGAAUGAGUCAUGGCGGCGGUGGUGAUGGCUGGAUGUCCCACGUACAUUCGGAGCAACAUCAGCGGCGAAUGAGCCUUCUGCAACCGACACAUCACGCUCCACCUGACCAACACAUGCAGCCACAACAAAUGCCCAGCUGUGUGUAUGUGUGUCAUCGUCGUAUCUCUUACCUGUGUCACUUGUGCCAGCAGCACUGAGAAGCGUCGCUGCAGCUCAUCAAAGCUAAAGCUACCACCUGCCGUCUGCACACAGACACACAAGACAAACACACACAGCCGUGACGGGCACACAAAGGGCGGUCAAAUGUGCGUGGGAGAGACCGCCCACCGAUGCGUCACCGGUCACGUCCAUCUGCGGCUGCGAUGACAAUCCCCUCAUUUGCCGAUCUGACGACACAUUACACAGCACGAGACAUCCUCUCUGUAUGUCUGUCUGUAUCGUCGGUGUCGCCGUCCUCUCCUACCCUCGGCAAACCCGUCGAUGCGCUGGCGCUUGGAGCCGUCAGCACCAGACAUCUCAAACACACGCUGGUUGAUCGAUGAUCAACAGGCGCCACGGAGCGGAAACGGCGCCUCAGGCGGAGCUGAAAGGGCGCGAGAGGAACACUUAUCCAUCAUCAGGGCGAAUUAGCGGUUCCGCCCACCUAUAGGCACCGAUGUCAUCCCUUUGCCCCUCUCCAUCUUCCUCUUUUCUCC